GUGAACGAUAUUGCUAAAGAAAUAAGUGAAGCAUCAAAACAGUAUUCUGUUGUAUUUACAUCUGGUGGUGUUGGACCUACUCAUGAUGAUGUAACUUAUGAGGCUGUAGCAAAAGCCUUUGAAUUAAAACUUGAAUUACAUCAGGAAUUGUUUAAUAUAUACACUCGGUUGAUUCCUGAUCAGCAUGAAAUAAAACGUCUUGCUAUUGUUCCUAAAUCUUGCAAGAUUAUCAAUAUUGAUUCUGCAGAAGCGUUUCCAGUGAUAAGUGUAAAAAAUAUUUAUAUGUUACCUGGUUCACCAAAGUACUUCAAGCCGGCUGCAAACACAAUAAUUUCUUGUUUGAAAGGAUGCACACCAUUGCAGUUUGAAUAUAUAGAUAUUGAAUUGAAUGAACUGUUAAUAGUAGAUACUUUAGAUAAACAAGCAAAACGAUGGGAUGGUAAAGUAAAAAUUGGUAGUUAUCCUCAAUUGGAAUUAGAAGUACCUUUUACAAGGAUUACUUUGGAAGGAUCCAAAGAAACAGUUGCAGAAGCAAAAGAGGAACUUUUGUACUAUCUACCAAUACAAAAAAUUAUGAAUUUGAAACAUAAAUUUAGUUGUUUUCAAAUGAAUGUUGUAUUGGAAACUAGCAAAAGUGAAAUGCAUAUUAAAUGUGCAUUAGACAUAUUGAAUGAAUGUUAUGAAAGGUACGUACAUAUGUAACAUAUUUGAAUAAAUAUAUUAGGAGUGUACAACAAUUUUAGUUGUUUUUAAAUUU